AAUUUUUGUCGCGAUAGUGCCGGGUAAAUGAAUAACUCGCUCGUUAUCUAACUAAACAGAUGACAUUGUCGAUCACAUUCGAACCUUGUGUCACUAUUGUUCCUGCUCUGUAAGAAAUCUUUGGACCUUUGAAAUCUUAAGAAAAUUUCUUGCCAAUGCAAAAUUUUUUUAAAGAAAAUAUGCCCGGAUGCGACGCACAUAUAUAGCGGUGAAAUUAUGAGUGUAGAAUGACUCUUAAAGGCUCUAUUCCGGCACACAGGUUUCCAACUGAACAGCAAAGUUGAAGUCUUUUUCAGGUUUUACGAUCGACAGUUGCACUUGGACGGAAUAUUUCUUCUGUUUAAAGACAGUCGAUUUGAAACAUGGGUUGCUUUAGCUGUUCGAGGUAAGAUGAUUUUAAUAAUUAACUUUAUGGGCUUUACAUAUCCGCAUAGUUCAUACUAGCAUAUUCUAAAGAUUUCCUUUUAGAAAAAGGUUUUCUUCCGUCAGUAAGUAAUCACGGUAAGCCCAUUAUUUGUGUAUGAAGAAACAAUUUAUCUUAAUUUUGAAUUGCCUUUUUUGGAAAUAAUACUGUACUUGAUCAAAAUUGCUGGAAACAUUUCUGGCCUCAUCAGUCAAGUUAAAACUCGUGUCAGUUUUCUAUUUAGCCAAGGUCAGAUGGGGAGGGGAGAUUAGCAGGGCGCUCAGAAACUCUUUUGGAAACAAGGAAUCUCUGUCUUGAUCUAAUUUUGAAAUGACAGAGCAUCGUCGACCUUUUAUUUCUAAGGGCAUAUCAUCCUAUCUCAUAGACCAUAUACCAAGCAUGCUGUGAAGACAGGUAGACGUGAAUAUAAUGAGCCUGAUCAUUACUAGGAGAAGAGUUGGCCUCUCAUGUCACUCUCAAAAAAUCCCUUACAGCAGGCUUAAAACUUGAACAAGGGUGCAAAAUACUAUCAUGCAAAAAUAAAGUUUUGUCAUGUUGGUGGAGGAGGGGGGAUGCCCUUGCUAGUUGCUGGGAAAUGGGGUCAGGGUCAUCCUUACUCAGUUCAAAUUCAAAGUAAAACUGAUUUAACCCUUGACUUCCAAGAUCUGAUUGUUAAUUCUCCCCUCUAGCGGCUAUAAAUUUCCUUGUAAAUUAUUUACAAGAACUUGGUGAUACAGAGAUCAAGGUGACAUCUUCUGCUGGAAAAGUUUAAGUAUUCCCAUGACAUAUUUGCUGGAUAAUAUAUGGAUAUUAUAGGGAGAAAUUACAUGCUAAUAACUUCUGGAAGUUAAGGGGUUAAUGGUAUAUUACCCAGUAUUGGCAGUCUUCAGUAAAAAAUGCUUAUAGAGGAGAAAAUAAAAUCUACGUUGUAGACAGCACUUCAUGGAAAUUUAUGUAACAAUAUGUUUAAAUCUUGUUCCUCAGACUUAUGAAUCCACCUGCUGGUAAAAAUGAGGCAUAUAAACCCACUGUGAUUGAACAAACAGCAAAUAUCAUUACCCAUGGAGUAAGCACUAAAUAAAUUAAAUAUUCCCUUUUGAAUAGUAGUUUACAACAUGUUGGAACAGGAAAUUUUUAGCCUUUCUGUUUUUUGUUUCAGCUGUUUGUAAUGCCAGCUGUUUAUGCAGCAUUGCGUCUUCACCAAAAUUCUAGACUGCUAUCAGCAAGCCAUCGUUUUAUUGCUGAAGUGUAUGGAACUGCUUUUAUCCUUGUCUUCUUGAUAUCAACUCUAUUUCAUGUUGUCAGCCUGACAGGAAAGGCUAGGUGAGAUGAGUUACCUACAUCGUGUAACAGUAUAACAUAAAUUGGACACAAAAUGAUUUAUGAAAAUCGAUCUUGACUGUACAUUUGGCAGAUCAACAUUGUCAUUUUAACCAUAGGUUCACAAAGAAAUUAGCAGAGAAAAAUCAUUCAGUUCUCUUCCAUUUAAAUGUGAUAAUUUUCUUUAUGCAUGCCAUACAGUUACAAAAAAAUUAACCCUUUAACUCCCAGAUCAAAUUUGUAAUUCUCUUUACUGUUAACCAUACAAUUUUUAUAAUGUUAGUUCAGAGAAUUUAAUAUUGGAUCAACCAAUUAUCCCCAAAUUGAUAUUUUUCUUCAUUCUCAUUACUUAUAUAUCUGAUUGAUAUUUUAUCGAUAUUGUAAGGAGAAAUUCUGUCUUGGUCACUCGUGGAAGUUAAAGGGUUAAAGCAUUAGCCUAAUCAGUUUUAGUUCAAAUCACUCAUAUAUUCUCUUCCUGAUCAUAAAGAUCACAAAAAUUUGUAAACAUACUUUCAAUCAAAGGUACCGGUAUCCAUAUCUGAUUGAUAUUUUAUCGAUAUUGUAAGAUCUUCGAGGAUCUUUGACUUUCUUGCCAAGAUCUUUAAGGAUCUUUCAUUUUCCUGUCAAGAUCCUUGAAGAUCUUGUCUGGAUCUUCAAAGAUCUUUACAUGAACUUUGGAGAAAUUCUUGGCAAUGUCUUGGUCAAGAGAUUUGAAGAUCCUUAAAGAUCUUGACAAGAAUGUCAGUGAACCUUGAAGAUCCUGGCAAGGAAAUGGAAGAUCGUUGAAGAUCUUAGCAAGAAUGUUAUAGAACCUUCGAAAUUUUGACAAGAAAAUAGGCAUACUUAAAUCCUCAUACUAAGUUAAAAAGAAAAUUGAACCAAACAUAAAAAAAUGAAGAUAAAACUUUUUUAUUGCUAAACGAGAAUUACCCAAGACUUUAGGUUAGUACUAAAGGGUUAAAAAAAGGCAAACAAAAGUACUUCAAUGACUAUAUUUCUAAACCAUAUUAACCUAUAUACCAAAAGAAAACUUUGGAAUCACACAUACUGAAUAUAACAUUAGCCUAAUCAGUUUUAGUUCAAAUGUCCUCACAUCAUUUGCAUCCUCACUCUCAAGAGCUCAGAGCAAGAAUCAUUAGGCGAGGAUGGCAUCUUCAUUUUCUUUCCAUAUAUUCUCUUGGAGUUUGAUUGACGAUUUCGGUUGUUUCUGUCCCUCUUUUCGAUCAUUUCUGUGUACAUUUUCCCUUUAGUUCCGAAAGAUCACAAAAAACCCUAUUUGUUGUUUGUAAACAUACUUUCAAUCAAAAAAAGGAUCCUUACAAAGAGCUGCACAAAAUCAUGAAAUGAAUCUUUUAAAGAUAUGUGGAAGAUCCUUUUCAAUUCCUUGAGGAUCUUGAAGGAUCCAUGAAAAAAAAAAGGAUCCUUGAAAAGAUCCUGCAAAGAUCUUGACUUAAGUGUCCUUUUUCUUGCAAAGAUCUUGAGUAGGAUCCUUGCAAGAUCCUGAUUAUGGACAAAAGGAUCCUUGAUUUAAAUCCUUGAGGAUCCUCCUCAAAAAGAUCUCAAAUUGUCUUGUAUGUCCUUGUAAAACAGAGGGAGAAGUUAAUGUCUCAUCAAAUGUCUCUCAGGACGUUAUUUAUUCACUCCAUCAAUUACUGGUAAAUAUUGAUAUAAUUAUAAUAUAAUCAUACAAUUCACAUAAUACAAUAAUCUUUUUCUUUUUCAGCUCCUUGAGAUUCUUUCUGCAUUUGAGUGAUCGUGGCAUUAUUUAUUUCUUCAUUGCAGCUUCAUACAUGCCAUGGUGAGUGGAUAAAAAUUUGGUUUGGAGAAAAUCUCAAUACUCAUUUUCAUCAAAUCUUACUAUGCCAAUACACCUUUAAAUUUUUUUCUUGUGUAUGAUUAAAAAAAACUUCCCUAACCACCCAUUGGGAGGCACUGAAAUUUUAAGGGAGGUGGGUUUCAAUAAUUUAUUUUGUGAAAGGAAAUAAGGAUUUAUUCUCAAGGGUGGAGGAGAGGGUUUACCAAAACUCCUCUUUUAUGAUUUGCACAGAUCUUUUUAGGGACAACAUUUAUGUUCCAAGGGUGGGGUAGGGGUGAAACAGAAUCAUAAAGAUGAUUCUACCCCAUAUAAAGGAGUAACUUCUGUUUUGUUUUCCAGGCUAGUGUUAAGAGAUGUUGGCCAGUAUGGAGAUCUAAUAUCCUGGCUUUUAUGGUGUCUUGCUGCAACUGGCACUGUUUAUACUUACAUGUUCCAUGAAAGGUAACUGUCCGAUCUCAGUGAUAAACUUGGCUCAACUGCUAUCAAUAUUUUCUGUGUUUUCUUAAUUUGUAAUUUAUUUUGAAAUGAUUUAAAGGAAGGAAGCUCUUUGCACUCUGUUUGAAAAGUUUCUGCAAUAUUGCACUGGCUGUUGUAAUCAGUUCAUGAGCUCUUUUUGUUUUUAAUGUAUGGCCAUUUUUUCUGUUUUUUGUUUGAUAUUGUUUGAUUUUGUUUUGCUUUUAGAUAUAAGACAGUAGAAACUGUUCUGUAUCUGAUCGUUGGAAUAUGUCCAUCUCUUCCCCUAGCUUUUGCCUCAGUAAGUAUAUUCGUUUCUUUUGAGUCAUCCCUUUCCAGCUCUAAUCUCUCAUCAGGAUGCAGAUUUGUGCUUUCUGUUAGUGUGUCUUAAACUACCGAGCUACGCUUAGCGACCCAAAAUUUUUUAAACGACUCGUUCUUGCGAAUUUCCCCAACUCACUAGCGGUCAAUCUAUGUUGGUGACGUAAUCGAAAUUUGAUGAGUAUAGCCAAUUGUUGAGGAAGUAGGAAACACAAUAUUCGCGCGCGUUUGAAUAUAUUUGUCAUUUUUUCCUUCUCGAUCAUGCCCACUAGUCAUAGAGAUGGCCGUAUAGAUGAUAACUCCAUUCGUCAGGACACGCGUGUAAAUGCUGUUAGAAUCCCUCUGCCUGCCUCAUUUAGCCAAUCGCAAUGUCGCCACAGCUUUUCUCGCGCUUUUGAUUUAAGCUUGUUGUGCACAGAGGAAUUUCCAACCAACUGAUUAUAGUAAUCCAAAAUUUCAUUCAACUGGUUUACCAUACCUCACUCUUUGAUUGGUCUAGUACAUUUGUGCCAUCCCGUCAGCCAAUUGUUGCAAAAAUAAAACCUACUGCGACUUAGUCACGUGCGAAUUUCCGCGCUUAAGGCCCUCAGCAGGCAUUUUCUCUGGGCUCUCAUUGGCUCCUCCUGCAUGCUAUUUGCGUUUUAUGUCAUGUUUGGUCGUUAUGAUUAUCCUGGUUUUAACACACUCAAUCAAAAGUGCUCCAGCCACUGUUAUUAAUUUGGUUCGGAAUUGUGAAACUCCAUCUGAAACUGCUCUUUGUAUGUAGGCCUUUUUUUCGAAUAACUGUUUUUCCCUUUACACAGACGGACUCCGCUGGUCUAGCCGAGGUAGCACUGGGAGGAGCCUUUUACGUCAGUGGCGUAGUGUUUUUUAAAUGUGAUGGACGAAUACCCUUUGCGCAUGCUAUCUGGCAUUGUUUCUGUGCCACAGGAGCAUGGUGUCAUUUUUAUGCUGUCUACACGCAUCUAUACUUGGAAAAACACUAGUUACGAAUUUCCGACCGUAGAUCGAUUAUACGUCGGGCAUAAUCGUGCAACCUGGUCCCCAGUGUUCUCGGAUGUUAUUGAUACUGGAUGAGGUGUGAUUGCAUAUUGAACUGUAAGCGGGUUGUGGACAGAAUAUUUUGGACUGAAUUUCAUAGAAUGUUUGCACGGAAAUAGUAGUAUUUCGAAAUUUUGAGUGAGGUGUGGAAAAAAAAGAAACGAAACUCUAUGUGCAGUGAAGCGUAAAUUUUACUUUGUGGGUAGCAGUUUAAUCAUAUUUAUUGAAUUCUAUAUAUUGUACAGUGUAGUUCUCGUAAAACACCGACAAAGUUGUCUUGCUAUUUAGGGCUCAGAAAAUAAGCAGAGCAACAACAAUUCUUUCAAAAGAAACAUAAUUUUUAAGUUUGCAAAAAAAUCUUCCACAUUACUCAUGUGAUCUUCAGUUCCAAAUGGUCAUUGUACGGUUUUUAUUUACACUUAAGAAAAACGUUAUGGAACUACGACCUAAGAUUACGUUAUACAGAUUCGGAAACUAUUGAAAUAAAAUACAACAGAAUCACAGAAAAGCAGUGGCGAGACUAUGAAGUAAAACAGGAAAAACCAAAACAAAACUGCCUAAAAAAAUUUAAAAACAAAGCAAAACAAACGUGUACGACAUAUAAUACAGUAAGAAUUGAAAAAAGAAAAUGAAAACUAAUAAAAGCGAAGAAAGUCGGAUUAUCCUAUUCAAUAUACGUGCCCCCUUUUUUUUUUAUUUGAAAAAUUGAGGGGGCAGAACCUGCAAUUAGUUUUUUAUUCAAUUCCUAAUUAUUCCCGCCGGUGUAUUCACGCCUCGAUAUCCUUGAAAUAAGAAUUGUUUAAGAUCCUUGGGUCAAGUAGGAAAACCAAUAUUUUAACCGUAACUCUUGCUGAUUAGCAUCAUAUUCUCUUUAGCCAACGUCAGGUCACUGAUUUUACUUGAAAUUUUAAUCAAGUGUAAAAUAGUUAUGAUGUGUAAUGCACACUCGCAUUAGUCGAUAGGUGUGUACAGAUAAGAGCAUGGAAGCAUGGUGGUGCCGUUUCAGUUUUCCGCAUAUUUUUAAAGAAAUCUUUCAUUAAAACAUCAGAGGCCCAUUAACGUGUCAACAUAGCCUCGGGGGGUUUGAAGGAUUCCAGAAAGUUAUGCAGACCCAAAACGGCGCAAUCAAAGUUCUAACCGUCUUUAAUUCUCCCAAUCCUUUUCAGACUAAGCGAUGAAAACGCGCAAGAGCUCUUUUAGUAUAGCUACUGUCUAGAUUUCAUGAGAAAUUAAUUCUUUCCAGGUUAUGUAUGAUAGCAUGGCAUACCAUGUUGAAUUUAAAUACUGUCCCGAGCAGAAUUUAUUUGACUCCGAUUGUCUUACCGCAAAGAGGGUUAAUUUGAAUUGAAGAUGUCGAAAACUGAAGAAAGCAGAAAUAAAACAAUGAAAAUUAGCGGG